AAAAGAAACUAUCGACGAACUAUGUUAAAUCUAGACAGCAGAGAAUCUACUGUCAAUUCGAUUUGAAAUAAGAGGACCAACAUUUUUUUCAUUUGUGCGACGGUGUUCGCCUUGUCAACACCUUACGAACUAUCAUUCAACAUAGUCAACAUCUAACAAUCAUGAACAGCGUGCUGGCGUUUGAGAAGGAGAUCGUGGAGAAAUCUAAAUAUCUGGAUCUAAUCAAAAAAGAGUGUCAGGAUUACCCUAUGACCAAGACAAUGCCAGUUCUAAAGCAGCCUGAGAAUUCCCAGGAUCAAGAGGAGGACCUUGUAAUGGCCGUGCAAGAUAAACUGAAAUUUAUCCGCAAACUAACCGACAAUGGUCCCGCACUUCCGACACCACUAAAACUUAGUGAAAAGCAGGAAAUAGUUGAGAUACCAAAGGUGGUACAGUCAAAGAAAGUUGACCGUAAAACGAAACUGCUGCACGCCUUGCCAUCGUACCUAUGUGGCUCCAUAUUUUUAAGGUCCAACUAUGUCGAGGAAUUUCGGCGUAGGACGGAUGAAAGAAACGAGUUAAAUAGAAAGCGGUUGAAUGAAGCACAUCAGUUGUACUUAAAAGCCAAACAAGAGAGAAUUGCAUACGAAGCCGGUAGACAUAAGAAGCUGAUCCUGACGCAUUCCGUCCAUGUGAUCGAGGAGAUACCAAUCAGCAGCGAAUUGAUUCCGCUGACCAAAGAGCAACAUGAUUGGUUGAUGGAACUAUCUAAGUGUCCACUGCAGGAGGUAAUUGCGACCAAGUUCAAGUUGGACAUCCGCGGCAGUGAUAUCAAAGUCCUGACCGAUGGCGCCUGGCUCAACGACAAUAUAAUCAACUUCUACAUGAACCUACUGGCUGAGCGAUCGGAGAAGCGUCCUGGACAAGUGCCCAGCGUGUAUGCCAUGAGCACGUUCUUUGUGCCCCGCCUGCGGGAAAGUGGCUUCGAUGGCGUAAAACGCUGGACUAGAAAGGUGGAUCUAUUUAGCAAGGACAUCAUACUUGUGCCUGUUCACUACAACGGCGUUCACUGGUGCCUGGUCAUAAUCGAUUUGCCGGCGAAAACAAUGCUCUACUACAAUUCAAUAGGCGUUGGCGACUCGAAACUGAUGCGAGCACUAGUGAAUUACCUUCAAAUGGAGUCGAUGGACAAGCGCGGACUCUCAUUGGACACCAGCGACUUUCGUAUGGAGGAUGCCCAAAAUGUGCCGCAACAAGGCAACACGAACGAUUGCGGCGUUUUCGUCUGCAUGUUCGCAGAAUACCGAACCCGGGAUGCUCCGAUAACGUUUUGCCAGAAAGACAUGAAAUAUUUUCGCACCAAGAUGGCUCUGGAAUUGACCAGCGGCCAGCUGUGGAAGUAGGUGUCCUCCUAAAUAGGGUUUACUUUUUAUAGAUUGAGCUGAGCCAUGUUAUACAAUAAAAAAACAAAAAUAAA